CAACAUGUCGACACACAAGAGAAAACGUGGAGGGCAGGGUCCUGCUGCAAAAAAUGCUAAAAAAGUCAAAUUUGUAGCAGAAUCAGGUGAGCCACCGGGUCAAACUAAACCGGAGAAAGAAAACGAAAUCACAAUCCCAGCACCAGUGUCUAAGGGCAAAUGGACCAACAAGGAAAGGGUUCUCAUUUUCUCCUCGAGAGGCAUCAACUUCAGAACAAGACACUUGAUGCAAGACCUGAGGACUUUGAUGCCUCAUGCAAAAGCAGAUACAAAAAUGGACAGAAAGGACAAGCUGUUUGUUGUAAAUGAGGUGUGUGAAAUCAAAAACUGCAACAAAUGCCUCUUCUUUGAGGCCAAGAAGAAGCAGGACCUCUAUAUGUGGAUUUCAAACAGCCCUCAUGGACCUUCUGCAAAAUUCUUGGUUCAGAACAUUCACACGCUGGCUGAACUCAAGAUGACAGGAAACUGCCUCAAAGGAUCCAGACCGCUGCUGUCAUUUGAUCCCAAAUUUGACAAGGAGCCCCACUAUGCUUUACUGAAGGAGUUGUUCACCCAGACAUUUUCUACUCCACGCUACCACCCUAAGAGUCAACCUUUUGUGGACCACGUCUUAACAUUCACCAUCGCAGACAACAGGAUAUGGUUCAGAAACUACCAGAUCAUCGAGGAGGACGCCUCUCUAGUGGAAAUCGGACCUCGAUUUGUUCUCAACCUCAUCAAGGUCUUUCAGGGGAGCUUUGGAGGGCCUACGCUCUAUGAUAACCCAGACUUCCAGUCUCCUAACAUGCACCGGCGAGAGAUGCGACUAGCAGCGGCAGCCAGAGUGCGUGAAAAGCAGAUGGUGAAGGAGAUGCAGAAGAUGAAGAGGACUGAAGCAAAGGAGGACAUAGCCAGAGACGUGACCGCCGACGUCUUCGUAACACCAGCCGAGGAGAAGCCUGUUCACAUCGAGACAGAACCACCGGCGCCAAAAAUGGUGAAGAAGAAUAAACACAAAGCUUUCAAAAGACAAAGGAUGGCACGCAGGUAACUGGAUGGACAUCAAGCAGAGUGAAUGACUCACUGCUAUUAAGAAAAUGCAGGAAUGCAUCAGUGCAGUCAAGUCUGAGGUUCAAUAUUAAAAAGCUGUUUUGGUCAUGAUAAGACUUUGCCUGCAACAUGUCGGCAUUAACAUGUUUGAAAAUAUUUAACAGAGAAAAUCCUUUACUUGCAAAUGUAAUGUGUUAAGUGUCACACACGAUAUACUAAUUUUGCUGGUUGACUCCCAUGAAUAUUGUAACUGGUAAUCAAAGUCUGAGCUUGUAAAAGAUCACAAAUUUCACAAUAUUUUUCCUUUUUGAUAAAAACAAAUAUUCCAUCGUAAAAAAAAAAAGAAGAAAAAACUUGUUUAUUGAGUUUGAAUGUGACUGUAGUUGUUUUUCUAUGUCAUGGAAAUAAAACAAACCA